AUGCAGUCUCGAAGUCGUCCUCAAAGCAAUAUAAAAAAUUUUGGUCUUGAUGAAUCACGAAAUAGGUUUCAGAUAGAACUGGAGUUUGUUCAAUGUCUUGCCAAUCCCAACUAUCUAAAUUUUCUUGCACAGCAGGGUUGGUUUGAAAAGCCGAAUUUCAUAAAGUACUUGAAGUACUUACUAUAUUGGAAGGACCCUAGAUACUCAAGGUAUCUCAUCUAUCCCUACUGUCUUCACUUACUGGAUCUAUUGCAACAUUCGGAAUUUCGCUCAGCUCUUGCACGAGGUCAAAUAUGUCGAAUGAUCGAUGAUCAGAUUCUUCUUCACUGGCAGCACUACAUGCGAAAGCGUGCAGCUCUUAUAGCUAAACACGUUGAAGAAACUAUACAGCCUACUUAA